AUGGACGAACUACUUGCACCUCUGCAGGACGUCUUCGAAGGUCAGAUCGACUUCCAUGGCCAGCGCCUAGCGGAGCUCCUUAGCACCGUGCUUUUAAUUAUUUCCGGAGCUGUCAGCUUCGUUGUUGGAUACAUCUACAAAGAUAUCCACCUCACACUAUGGAUCGGGCUGGGCGGAACCCUCUUCACUGCCUUUGUUGUUGUUCCACCAUGGCCUAUCUAUAACCAGAAUCCAGAGAAAUGGCAGGGUGCGACCGGUGGAAAAGCCGGUGGGCCACGAGUGGUGGUGGACGGCGUGAAGGUGGCAUGA